GGGGCCGGGCCGCCACUCCCUCCAGCUCCCGCCCUCGGCCGCGCGCAUCUCAUUCCAGCCCUCAUUCCUCACAUUCCAGGCUUCCUCCUUUCAAACCCCAGGCCGGGGGCGGGGAGGGCCCGCAGCUCCCGGCUCCGCCUUGCGGCCGCGUCCCCCAGCCUAUCGGCCCCGGGUCCGGAGCCCGGGUCUCCGCUCGCUGACCCCGCGUCGUCCCUGCAGCGCCCUCGCCGGCCUCCCGGGACCUCAGCGGAGCCGCGGCUGGAAGAGCGGCGCCGGGGCGGACUCCGCGGGACUGGCCCCGCGCGCCCGCCCACCUCCCCGCACCCUGGGACCGGUCCAACGGGCGCUCCUCCAAGCGGAGCCUUGGAGGGCACGGCCGGCACCAUUACCUCCAACGAGUGGAGCUCUCCCAACUCCCCCGAGGGGAGCAACGUCUCUGGGGGCAGCCAGGCCUUGGACAAGCCCAUCGACAAUGACGCGGAGGGCGUGUGGAGCCCCGACAUCGAGCAGAGCUUCCAGGAGGCCCUGGCCAUCUACCCGCCCUGCGGUCGGCGCAAGAUCAUCCUCUCAGACGAAGGCAAGAUGUAUGGUCGGAAUGAGCUGAUCGCCCGCUACAUCAAGCUCCGGACAGGGAAGACCCGCACCAGGAAGCAGGUGUCCAGCCACAUCCAGGUGCUGGCUCGGCGAAAAGCCCGCGAGAUCCAGGCCAAGCUAAAGGAUCAGGCAGCUAAGGACAAGGCCCUGCAGAGCCUGGCUGCCAUGUCGUCCGCCCAGAUCAUCUCUGCCACAGCCUUCCACAGUAAAAUGGCCCUCACCCGGGGCCCAGGCUACCCGGCGGUCUCAGGGUUUUGGCAAGGAGCUUUGCCGGGCCACGCCGGGACGUCCCACGAUGUGAAGCCUUUCUCUCAGCAAACCUGCGCUGUCCAGCCGCCACUGCCUCUGCCAGGGUUCGAGUCUCCCACAGGAACCUCCCCGUCACCCUCCGCGCCCCCAGCACCCCCGUGGCAGGGCCGCAGCGUGGCCAGCCCCAAGCUCUGGAUGUUGGAGUUCUCUGCCUUCCUGGAGCGGCAGCAAGACCCCGAAACGUACAAUAAGCACCUGUUCGUGCAUAUCGGCCAGUCGAGCCCCAGCUACAGCGACCCCUACCUCGAAGCCGUGGACAUCCGCCAGAUUUACGACAAGUUCCCGGAGAGGAAGGGUGGUCUCAAGGAGCUCUUUGAACGGGGACCCUCCAACGCCUUUUUCCUCGUGAAGUUCUGGGCAGACCUCAACACCAACAUCGAAGAUGAGGGCAGCUCCUUCUACGGGGUGUCCAGCCAGUACGAGAGUCCCGAGAACAUGACCAUCACCUGCUCCACCAAGGUCUGCUCCUUUGGCAAGCAGGUGGUGGAGAAGCUGGAGACCGAGUACGCGCGCUACGAGAACGGCCACUACUCCUACCGUAUCCACCGCUCGCCGCUCUGCGAGUACAUGAUCAACUUCAUCCACAAGCUGAAGCACCUGCCCGAGAAGUACAUGAUGAACAGCGUGCUGGAGAACUUCACCAUCCUGCAGGUGGUCACCAACAGAGACACGCAGGAGACGCUGCUGUGCGUCGCGUACGUCUUCGAGGUGUCAGCCAGUGAGCACGGGGCUCAGCACCACAUCUACCGGCUGGUGAAGGAAUAAGAGACCGGGGAGCAGGGAGGGGGCAAGACAUCGUGUGCGCAGGGACGCGGGGUGGGGACCCGCGGGGCAGCCCCCCCAAAGCGCCAAGAGAGUUGAGGUCAUGACUCUUCUACCCAGGAACAAACUGCCUGAACCCGCAGUGCCUAAGCCCAAUAAACCCAAGAUCUGUGCAUCUUCAGAGGCCCCAUCUGGCUGUGUGAGCCUCGGGCGGGGCUGAGGGAGCAGGGGGCUGGCUGGAAAACAGGCCGGAAGCAGCCCCGGGGUGCGGUCCUGAAGUCAAGGCCCCAGUGGACUCGGCCAGGAACGUCCAGAUGCUGAACAGCCCCUGCGCUGCACUGGAGCUGCUGCGCCCCCCGCUGCCGGCCACGCUGGGAGGCCUGAGGGCGGGCGUGGGUCCUCGGCCUGGGCGUCCUGUGUGGGCACCUCGGCCACCUGGGAGUGAUGGAUGCAUCUGCCCUGGCCACCUCUGCUGCUGCCCCAGGACAGCCGACAGGGAGGCCCGGCCCAGUCCCGGGGUGGGGGUGCGGUUUCAGGUGUGGAGGUGACUGAACUCUCGGGAGGUUGGAAGUGAACGCAGUCGGAGCUCUUUAGGUAGUUUUCAUCCGUCUCCAGGCAUGGGCUCCGUGGCCACGCUGGCUGCCUGCGGGGGUGGGUCCCAGGUCAGGGGAGCCCGAGACAGCGAGGGUGGGAGUGCAGUGGUGCAGCCAGCUUUUGAGUGUGGGCGGUGAGGCCGGAGUCACGCGGCCUCCUCUGUGGUGGUGAAGGCCAAGACGGUUGGUGAGAGGUCUGCGGUGGACCAGUGGUUUCUGAGACCACGCAGUCUGGACGGUCUGUGAGUCUCACCGCAAACCCCUCCCAGCCAAGAAGCCUGCCGGGUGCCGCCUUGGAGCAGCCCGGGCCGUCCACGCCCUCCCUAAGUCCACUCCCUACCUAAAGGUCAGGUUCUGUGCCCUCUCCCCCCUGCGCCUGCAGGGGACCCGCCGAGGGAUUUCCCUGGUCUGUUUCUCCUGGGAACUGGCCCCAGUCCUCGUGUUCCCCGCUGCCCGGGCUGUGUCAGCGUGUGUCCUUCCUCCCUGUAAAGGGGGACAGGCUCAGUGAAGAGGAAAGAUCCUGUCGGUAAAGGGCCUGGUGCAAGAUGCACUAAAUACAGCAAACAUCAUUAUCCCCUUAUCCCCGCCCUCGGGGCGCUCAGGGCCCGGCUCUUUGCUGCCAUCUAGCGGCCAUUUGGUAUCACCUUCUCUAGUUGGGAACCACAAUUCCAGGAGCCUGGAGCCGAAGGGGAACAAGAUUCAACCUGCUGGUGUUGUGUGUGCCCAGCACUCAGGGAGAUGUAUGGGGAUAAGAAGCGAGUAAGACGACGUUGAGGAGGUGUUACGGAGCGGUUAGGAGCAAGGGCUCUGGAGUCAGGCUGCUAGGUUUGGAACCCUGGUGCUCAGCUACAGACUAGCUGUGUGGCCUUGGGGCAAGUUACCUAAUUUCACUGUGCCUCAGUUUCCCCGUCUGUAAAAUGGGUAUAACAACAGUACCUACCUCGUGUAUGCAGAGUGCCUAGCACGGUGCCGAGCACACUCGCGUGUUCGAUACAUGUGUGUUAUUAUUCAUAGCAUCUGACUCCUUGCAAUCUGAGAAGUCAGCUUGGAAAACUCUUAAGUGGGGUGAGCAGUCCUCAGAGCAACUGGAGUUCAGAGGUGGGAGGGGGCAGGGCGUGGAAGGUUCGGGGAAGAGGGGGAAAUUGAGAGGGGCUGCCCCUUGAAAGAGGGGCAAUGUCUAGAUAAGCAGCCUGUGGACGGCUGCUAGGCUCCAUGCCAAGUUGUGUGACCCUCCUGCGUGCGGGGACCCGGCUCUCCCUUAUGGAUGAUGCAAUGUGGAGGGGGCCUUGGGGUCCCUGAGAAGCACUCACACAUCCUCCUCUGGUUAGUGUCUGGUAAGGCUCUCCCGCCCUCCCCCAUCCCAGCCCCUGUUUCCGGGGCUGUCAGAAUAAGGGGAGCUCGUGACGCCUGCCCUCCCAGCACGACUGAACCGUCCAGCAAGGGCUUGAGAAGCGUGUGUGAGCAGCCUUUGGGCCCUGGAACGGAUGCACAAACUAGGCCCCUCGUUUUGCACUGUGGGUGAGGGCUGCCAGUGCAGCUGUCGGGGCCACGUGUUGGCUGUGAGUCUUCCCUUCUCUUUAGGAACUGACCUCAGUGGCCUAAGGGACAGUAACCUACUUAGAGCUGGAAAGUCCACACCGGUCAGCCACGGAGAACACAGAUGCAGGCGCCUCUCCCCGCGGUGUCGUGCAGACCACGACCCUCGGGGCCCGCAAAUGGGAGACCCGACCUGGCCCCGCCUCUCCUGCAGCCUCAUCUGACACCCCCCUGCGCCCCUCCCCGCCUUUCGGCCCUGGCACCACAUGUCCCCUGGCUAGCAGGCCCUGAAGAACUGUCACUCAUUCUUCAAGAGCCAGCGUGGAGCCACGUCUUCUCCCGCAGAAGGGCCGGUCGCUCUUGUCCUGGCGUGGCGAAAGCGUUCCAUUCGCAACCCGUCAGAGCACCUGCCACGCGUCCCUGGACACAGGGCCUGUGUCACCUCUUCCAUCCUCACCCGGGGUGCUGUGCUCUCCCCAUUUUAAAGAUGAGGAAAGUGGGGUCUGGAGAGGCCGGCUAACUUGCUUGGAGUCUGAAUGCAUUUAUUCACUCGCUUAACGCACGUUUAUUUAACUUCUGCUUCGUGCCAGGCGCGGGACGUACUGAUGGCCGAGACAGACGGGGGUCCCUGGGAGCUUGCGUUUUACUGAGGAGGGAAGACAAAGUGAGCGGGUGAAGGACGUGCAGACUGACGGGUGCUGACAGGAGGAGAGGGCGCCGAGGCCGAGGCCUGGGGGGCGGGCGUGACGCGUGUCCCGGGGACAGCGAGGAAAGCCACAUCAGGAACCCAGAGAUGCAGGCCCAGAUCCGGCCCAGGCCCUGCCCCCGCGAUCGGGAAGGGCUUUAGCUUUUUCUCCGUGUGAUGGGAGGUCCUGGAAGUAUUUUAAGCAAGGGAGUAAGACUGUCGGGUCUGACUUGUGGGAAGCAGCACUGGGUGGCCGUGGACCACAGAGCAGUGCGCGUCCUGUUUCCGAGUCAGCCUCGCCCCCUGGACCCAGCAUCUGGGUGGGGAGACUGUACCUGCCUUGCUCUCACUUUCUGUGAUCUGAACCCACGUCUGGAACACAGCAGGUGCCUGAUGAACAUUUGAAGGGUGCCCGUGUGCAAGGUGUGUGACCCGUGCCUUUUGGGCCUGGGAGGGGGUGAGGAGUGCGUGUCCCCGAGCCUGCCGGAUAGGACUCUGCUGACGUCAUCAGGAGUCAGCAGGCAGGGACGUGGAAACAGGAUGGGUGCCUGACCCGUGGGGUCCGAUGACCCAGCAGACAGUGCCCCAGUGACCACCAAUGACCUUCCAUAGGGUGGGGUGGCCUUCUGGAUGCGGCAGGAGUUUGGGAGGCAUGUGUGACGCGGCCCUGCCCUUCUGGGACUGAAGCCGGACUGGGGAGCGCGGGACUGUGUGUGCGAGCUUGGGGGCCCUGCUCCCUGGCCCGCCCACGGGGCUCGGAGGGCAGUGGGGUGGAGCGGGGCCCGGGUGUCCCUUGUUAGCAGGGGUGGCGACAGCAGGGAGCCCCACAGGGACCGGGCCACCAGUGCACACCUGGGCUACACCUGUCUGGAGGAGGGACUCGAGCUGGAGCGGGAGCGGGCUUGAUUUUCCCCGUCAUCCCAGAGGUCACCGCGUUUGACCCUUUCUGACAUAACUGCCGUGUCGGUCAAGACAGGAAACGAGAAGGUAACUCUGGAUAAGUUGUUCUUGAGAAUGGAAGCCCCGGAGCCAGGCUGCUCCAGGGCCGAGUUGGCUUCUUACAAGUCGUGUGACCUUGGGCGAGUGACUUACCCUUCGGGGACGUUUGUAACCUUGUGUGUGAAAUGGGAAUAAAGUGAGCUGACUGUGGGGGGGAAGAAGGUAACCGCACCUGUGAGGGGCGGGCCCACACCUGUGAGGGGAGGGGCUACACCUGUGAGGGGAGUGGCCCACACCUGGCCUGCGGGGCGCAGUGGGGCAGCGAGUUGAGCGAAGAGGACCGUCCCACCCCGGCCACGGACGCUCACGUGUUCACACAGCACUCACGCUGCAUACACACACACACACACACACACACACACACACAC